AACAAAGCUUUAAACUAUCACCUUCUCUAUACAUGACUGUACUUUAUCAUUCGUUCUUAUCUUUGAACUUUAUUUUGCUUAAUAUAGACAAAAGAAUGUACUAAUUUAGCAAAAGAAAUAUAAAUAUAUGCUAUUGAUUAAUUGAACACAGGCAAAAUGUUUUGGCUGCUUGUGACAAUUUUGUUUACGGUAUUUGGAAAUGUUCGCUCUGAUUAUAAAUGCGUGUGCAGUUACAGCGUGGAAACAAACGUCUACGCUACGCCUUCCGAGCAGGGCGACGUUUUAGGCUAUCUGUACGAAUUCGACUGUAAACCUGAUGUCGGACAGUCUGAUGAUGAAUGGUUUACGGUUGCCUUCGAGCACAAGCUCGGAUUUGUAAAGAAUAACGCUGAUCUGCAAAUACAAACAUGCCAAGGAAGCGUUCCUGAUGAAGACAAACUUCCGGUACAAACUACUACCAUUAAACAAACACCACCACCACCAAAAACAACAACAACAACUACUGUAACAACGCGACCAACAACUACUGUAACAACGCGACCUACAACCACAACUUCAACAACCACGGUCAAACCAACAACAAGCACCCCUGUACCAACGACUGAACAAACUACAUUGAAAGAAACAACAACGCCAACUACUAAGAUGGCAACACCUGAAUUAACAACUUCAAGAGUGCUAGCUACCACAGCAAUGAAGUUAACGACUCAAGCGACAGAAAUUCCAACAACUGCGACAACUGCAAUAUCUUCAACAACAAGCACUCCGUAUAUAACUUCAAAUACAAUCAAAGGACAUCUAGAGUUAUGUUCGCGCCGGACUCAUCAAGCUGCUAAGAGAGAUCAUGCAAUUCUUGCACAAUUUGGAGAGAACUGUUACGAAGUUGACCAAACUAACGUAACUUGGUCACACGCAGAGUCCAUUUGUCAACAUAACGGCGGGCAUUUAGCGCAUAUUGCUAAUCAAAAGGAGCAAGCUUUCAUUUACAACUUUCUUGUGAAACAUCGUGGACAUACUGCCUGGAUUGGUUUAAACGACAGGAAUUAUGAAGAGAAAUUUGAAUGGUCUUCUGGCGAUUCCUUGAAUUAUACAAACUGGAAACCUGGUCGCAAGAAUCAUCGCCAUGGUCAUCAAGACUGUGUAUUUAUGCAAGCAACUACUGGCCAAUGGGAUGACGUAAAUUGCGGAGGGGACACCCAUCAUACCGAAGUUGUUCACGGACAUGGACAUGCAUAUAUUUGCCAAUAUGCUAUUAAAAAUGCAACUGCAGUUUCAACUUCCGGUCACGCUCCGGACGGGAAUUUGAAUCUAUGCUCGCAGCAUUUACAUUCGCAAGUAUCAAGAGACGGUGGUUCCCUUGGUCAGUAUGGUCAGAACUGUUACGAAGUUGUUCCCGAUAUUGAAAAGACUUGGCACCAAGCAGAACAAUUUUGUCACAAUAGAGGAGGGCAUCUAGCACACAUACGUAAUGCUAAAGAACAAAAGUUUCUUCAGGGUUUUAUGCACAGGUAUUCUCCCCAUCAUGCUGUUUGGAUCGGCCUUUACUAUCGCUCCAUGAAACACUUUCCCAAAUUUGGACAUCGGGUUAAACACUUUUAA